AUGACCCUCGCAGUCAUGUCCUCAUCCGCCAGCGCCACCAUGCAGCUCGCAGCAUCGGCAACGGCGGCGGCAGCUGAUCCCAUGGCAUGGUCGACCGGCCGCUGGCUCUCGCUGUCCAGCCUCGACCUGCUCCUGCUGCCCCCGCUCCUCGUCCUCUGCCUCUUCCUCACCUUGCCUGCCUUACUCUCCCUCUUCGCAGCCAGGCCCACAAAAGGCAGCACUCGCUUCUCGCCCGCGCCCUCGGCCUUUGUGGUGCCCGCCUUCACCCGCCACGCCCGCUUCCUGCCCCGCGAAUCGGCUCACCGCUUCAAGUACAACACCCUCUACCUCGCCGUCCGCCUCGACAGCCUCGAGAGCCACGCGAUCGACACCGGCCACGCCUUCGCUUGGAAGGGCUCCCACUUUGAUCCAGAAUGGCAGGACGAGUCGCGCCUGGCCGCGGCCAAACUCGUCCGAAGCGGCAGCCGCAGCAUCAGCGGAGCCUCGGACACCGCCCCGGCUCCCAAUAACGCCAUCACCUCCAUCGACGAGGAGGACGAGGAUCUCGUCGAGCCUCCGCGGGCCGAGAAGCCCAGCCUGGAAGAGUGGAAGGCCAGCAUGCGGCGCUCGGAGCGAAAGGAGCGGAGGAGCAAGGAGGAAAAGCGCCGAAAGGUCGACGCCACCACCUGGGCCAUCACGGCGCUCCACCCGGAAUCCUACCUCCGCAACGACUUCGACACAAAGCCCAGCGUCGAUGCCGUCGGCAAUGCUCUCGACAAAGAGGCCGCGCUGAGCUCGGCCCGCAAGGCGCAGUGGCUCCAGGGCUCGAUCCUGCUCAAGCUCGCCUACGAGCUGCGGGAGCGCGGCUACCUCCGGCACGGCCCGCAGGACGAAACCGGGCUGGCGGGUACAGAGGCCAAGUGGUCCCAGGAGUUGGGCCAGGUCUGGACGGUGACGAUGCCGGCCGUGUUCGGCAUCAAGGGCAUCAACCCGCUCACUGUGCACUACUGCUACCGGCCGGUCAAUGCGCUUGCGGCUGGCGUCACUCCGCCAUCGAACAAGGGCGACGGCCCCCAUCACGGCGAUGGAGCGCUGGGCGACUUUUGGCUGGUGGUUCUCGAGGUACACAACACCUUCAACGAGCGUCACGUUUACAUCCUCGAGGCGGGCGUAGGCGAGGACAAGCCACGGCAGUCGGACGCUGGCUCCAUCAGCGACAGCACCGAUGAGGGCGGUCGACGCAGGGGCUACGACCAUCAGUGGACGUUCCCGCGCUCCUUCCACGUUUCGCCCUUCAACGAUCGCGGCGGCUACUACCGGCUCUUCCUGAGGGAUCCCUUCCCUGGGCGCACGACGGCCGAACCAUUCGUUCUGGGCAUCCGCCUCCUGCUGCUCAUCGAAGGCGGGAGCGAGGGCCAGGUCGAAGGCAACACGACACCCGCCAGCGCCUCCGUCACUGGCGGCCAGCACGCGCCGCCCCUUCUCCUCGAAAAGAAGCUCAUGGCCUCGCUCGACUCCUACCCAGCCACGCACGACCGGCGCGUGCUGCCGCUGACGGCGCUGCACCUCUACAUGGCACUGCUGCGCCAGCCGUUCGACCUUUUCCUCACGUUUGCCCGCAUCCUCUUCGAAGCGGGCAAGCUGCACUUCGCCAAGAAGCUCGACGCAUUCGGAAGGCCGGACAUGGUGCAGACGUGGGAAGGCCAGGACGCGGUAGGCGCCCCGCAGCAGCAUCAGCGCCAGCAUCAGUGGGACGGACAGGGCAUCCCGCCUCCCCUGAACCGGAUCCAGCCGCAUCGCAAGCUGGAGCAAGCAUCCAACGAAGCCGCCAAGCCCGCCGGCGGGCUCCUCUACCCGGCUCAGGCAGCUGGCGAGACGGCCGCCAAGCGGUACCUCGAGCGAUUUGCACAGAGGCGCGUCGAAGAGCUUGGCCGUGGUCGAGACGGCGCAGCGUGGUCCUUCAAGGUGGUCAGUACCGACCCAGCCGAUGACGGCAUCAGCGUCGCUGCGCCCGACGUCGCAACGGACCACGCCGACAGUGGGACGACCACACGAGAGCUGGUCCUCUACACCCGAUCCGGGAGCGUGUACACCGACCUGCUGCUCUUUCGAGACGCGCGGGUGGCACGGCUGGUGGGGUCGUUGGUGGGCAGGCGCUGGGGGGUCAAUGACGUCGCGCUCUUUGAGACAUUCUUCGGACGCGACAAGCUCCACCGCGCAGGCACGGGCAAGACCGCAAGGUGGAUCGAACGGGUGCAGAGGAGGCAUCUGCGCUGGUCCCUCGACUGCGCCAUCGCUGCCGAUCCAUCGAUCGGGGUCAGCGUGCAAGAGGCGGAAGGGGGUCUCUAUGCCGCCCUCGACUCGUCGGAGCACACUUCGGCCGACACUGCCGCGCUUUGCGCCUCCGCCUUGGACCUCGAUGCGGCCUCACCGACCUGGUCCGUCUUCACGACGGUGCUGCUGUCGCACCUGGCGGGUGUGGCCGAGGAGAGGGCGUUCCACUACCUGGGCGCGCGGUACGUGCGCGGCACCGAACCGUGGCUCGAGCUGCAGCGCGGUAUUCGCCUCUUGCGCGACGGCGAGUCGGUCAAGGCGUCGUGGGAUCUUGGACUGGGCAGCGUACGGAGGUGA